AAUCGGGUUGCAACGGCGACAGGUUGAGUAACGCGGGUUCAAGAGGCUUUCUCGUGCUGAUAUAAGAGCUUCAGUCUCCUUCUCAUUCCCUUCUUUCCAGAGAGCUGCAUCGAAAGUGCUUUGGCCAUUGUCAGCAACUUCAAAAAUACCCAUGGAUGCUUCAGAGCGUAGGUACUUGGAGGAUGAUGAUACGUCAAUAAUGAAAAUGAUUAAAGGAGCAACUACAGGAUUUGUUUCUGGCACCAUUUUUGGGACAAUUGCUGCCACUUGGUAUGAUGUACCCCGUGUUGAGAGAAAUGUUGCUUUGCCUGGGCUUGUGAGAACCUUGAAAAUGAUGGGAAACUAUGGGAUGACGUUUGCUGCUAUUGGAGGGGUAUACAUUGGCGUUGAGCAGCUUGUGCAGAAUUAUAGAAUGAAGAGAGACUUCGUUAAUGGAGCUGUAGGUGGUUUUGCAGCUGGAGCAUCUGUUCUCGGAUACAAAGGAAAAAGCAUUUCAACAGCCAUUUCCGCUGGAGCUGCUUUGGCAGUUACAUCUGCAUUAAUUGAUGUUGGUGGUCAAACCACAAGAAUUGACAAUGGAAAGGAGUACUACCCUUACACCACCAAGAAAAGAUCCCACAUUGAGUAGCAUUAGUAAUCUUUGCAGCAAUUGGGAAAGAAGAUCUUGGCUGGCUUUCUCUUUUGGGUUUCCAGAGAUGUAAUUAUACUCUCAGUUCUCUCGAGUAAGCUGAACAGGGAAUGUUGUAUGAAUAAAGGUACCAUCAAUUUGUUCAACUCGUUUUUGGUUAGUUUUGGAUUUACCACCAUUGAUCUUUGUUUGGAAGCUUUUCAAUUUGGGAUAACUGUGAAGGUGGUUGAGAGGAAUUGUCAAAUGACACUGUUUUUCUUUUCAGGGCAAAUAAUAUGAUCCCAUCAUAAUUUUAUAUCUCA